AGCAAAUCCAAACACAAACACCUCCAAUUUCCAGGAUCGAUAUAUAUCUUGUGGUCUAAUCUCUCACAGUGCCCACCAACUCUACUAGCUAGCUAGUCUCAGUCACAGAAAGAAAUCAUCCAAAAUUGAUUUGAUUGAUAACUGAUCUGACCAGCGAGCGGAAAGGGAAUCGACCGAUGGCCGCCGCCGGAGCUGGAGGAGGAGCCGGCGACCAGCUGACGGUGCUGGGCGCUUGGGCGAGCCCGUUCUUGGUCCGGGUUCGUCUCGCGUUGCACCUCAAGGCGCUGGAGUACGAGUACGUGGAAGUCGACCUCAAGGACAAGAGCGACCUGCUCCUGGCCUCCAACCCCGUGCACAAAAAGGUUCCCGUGCUCCUCCACGGCGGCAAGCCCGUCUGCGAGUCCAUGCUCAUCGUGCAGUACCUCGACGACGCCUUCCCGGGCUACGGCCCAGCCUUCCUCCCCGCCGAUCCCCACGACCGCGCCGUCGCCCGCUUCUGGGCAGCCUACGUUGACGACAAGCUUCUGAGCUCGUGGGUCGGGAUCUUCGCGACGACGACGGAGGAUGAGAAGACGGAGGCGGUGGACAGGACGCUCGCGGCGUUGGACGCACUGGAGGGGGCGUUCAGGGAAUGCUCCGGCGGGAAGGGGUGGUUCGGCGGCGACGGCGUUGGGUACGUGGACAUCGCGCUCGGUGGGUUCGUGCCGGCAAUGAACGCGUCGGAGCCGACGACCGGGCUCAAGAUCCUCGACCCGGCCAGGACGCCGCUGUUGGCCGCCUGGAAGGAUAGAUUCUGCGCGCUCGACGCAGCCAAGGCGGCCAUGCCGCCGACUGAGCGGUUGGUUGAGAGUGGGAAGCAGAGGCAUGCCGAAUUAAAGGCGGCCGCGCAGCCGAACAAAUGAAGAUCUUCAGUUCUUGCAACUCUGUUUGGUCGAAAAUACGUUUAGAGCCUUUUUUUUCCCUUCUUCUUACUGUGUAAAUAAGUAAAACUGCUGUAAAUGUCGCGUCUGGAGACACAAUGCAAAACAUCUUUGUCAUCGUA